CUCCUCCUCUACGCGGCGCUCCUUAGCUACUUCCCUCACUCCAAACUCCCACUCAUCGUCUUUGUUGUCGGAAUGGCGGCCUCUGUGCGCAAAACUAGCCUCUACGAAGGCCUACUUACGUCAUCCUAUCGCCGUCUCAGCACCUGGAACAUCCAGUCGCUCAAUACGGAGUCUACACACAUUGUGGACGACGACGACAAGGAGGACUUGAUCGUGGCGGUCAAAACGUUGCAAAACUACCAGAACAAAAGCAAAGCCUGGAACCAAAGACGGCGUGACUUGUACCGCUUAAUGACCUGGAAGCAACAAAAGCUCGCCGCAGAUGUGGGCUACAACGUGAAGCUUGAUCGCGUGGACAAGCUGAUUGCCGCCAACCAGAACUUCCUCAACGAUAUUGCCUUGAACACCAUCCUGAAGCACGGCUUGACCUAUAUGGAUUUGCAAUCCGUUAAACUCAGUAGCCACCAGCAGAACGAAAACUACCGCGUGGUUGAGUCGUUGGGCCACUUUCCCCGCGACUGGAGCGCCGACUCCGUUCGCGAGUUACCCGAGCUCCUCGCCUAUAUUAAAAGCAACAUCCUUUCUGUGAUUCCUGACGAAGAGAGGGCGCAGACCUGUAUCAUUGUGCCCGGUUCUGGUUUAGGCAGGGUGGCACACGAAUUGGCGAUCAUGCCCGACUCCAAGGGCAAUAUGAAUGCCUUCGGUAAGGUCCAUGCGGUGGAGUUCAGUCCGCUUAUGCAUGUUUGCAACGACUUUAUGUAUAUGAACGAAACUGAACCUGAGGAGCAGACGUCUGACGAUGGCGAAAAGAAAAAGUUCAAGAGCAAAGAUGCUUACGAAAUCUUCGCGCACAUCCACACCCAUUCCAACCACACCUCCACGGAGAACCAGUUGCGGACCUCUACCAUCGAGCGUAUCCGGCACAAACCCACUAAUUUGGAGUUGCACUUGGCCGACUUUAUCAACUUUGAGCCGGAAAACUUGGCGGAAUACAAGAACGUGGUCAUUGUUAGUUGUUUCUUUAUCGACACCGCGCAGAACCUCUUCCAGUACCUUGAUGCCAUGACACGGUUAACUACGCACACAAAGCAGACUAAGGGUUUCUGGAUCAACGUAGGGCCGCUCAAGUACGGCACCGCUGCCCAGGUCGAGUUUAACUUGGAGGAGUUGCGCGAAAUCAGAAAGAAGAUUGGCUGGGUCGAGUUGGAUGAUUCGAGCUACGACAAGGGGCCGAACGACCGCGAGCGGUUGGUUCCCUACUUGACCAAUACCUUAGGUUUGUGGCAGGGUUACUAUGGGUUGGUGAAGUGGUGUUGCUCCAGGACCGAAAAC